AAAGGAUAUCGCGAUUUCGUAAUCGUGUAUUGAUUAUUUUUAGAUUAUUUGGUGAUGCAUGCACAGCGUAGGAAAAAAUAAAAUAGGUUAAACGUGCGUAACUUACAAAUCGUUCUGGUAAAGGUAUACUGCUAACAAUUGAGCGUACGUCCUCGCCGUAGUAAUUCCACUGGGUGCCUGUAAAAUAAAUAUGUAAGUAAUCGAGUCUUCAGUUAUCAAUUGGUCAUUUAAAAAAAAGAGGAAAGCAAUCGCGAAUGUCGGCAUAACCUAUACGAACGACUGCUCGAAGGACAUACCUCCAAUUCGGCUUUCUCUAGCUCGCGACAAAAUGUAUCCACGUCGUUCAAUACCAUGACGGGAUUUCGUUAUUUCUUCGGCGACAAAAACGACUCAGAAAUGGCUCUGUUCACAAUACGCACCAACAUUGAAAUAACGAACGUCAAACGAGAAAUCUAAACAGCUGAAGACUAAGUACAGUACAAACAUCGUACGGAGACUCCGAUUGUGGAGGUUAUAGGUGGCGCCACCGAGUGGGCCAUUUCAAAUUUGUCUUAUAGGAAGGUGGAUCAAUCGAGCACGUUUUUCAAAUUUAAGUCGUUAGUUUCUCUUAGAAAUGGUCAUAUAUCAACGGGCUUGAUUAUUUAGAAUUUUUUAAGUGUUCGACGAUUCAUUAGACUUGCAGAAAACUUAAAAAAUCCGAAUUGAAUUCGAAAAAUUUCAAAUUUUCGUUAAGUUCAAUAGAUCAAAGGGAUCAUGGGAAAAAUAUUGCUAAAAAUGCACAGUGCUUCGGCGGAUGGAUUGCGGUCGGAUGUGCAGCGGUGGUGAGACACAUUUAUUUGCGUAUUUUUAUUAUAAAUAAUACACCUAGGGUAAACGAGGGUGUCUUGCUUUAUCGAUGUGAAUAGGUGUUCUAUGGUAUGUAAUAACGUUUUACAAUCCGUUGCUGGUGUAAUAUUUCUAUUUUCACGACUGUCAUCGUGCCCGUAUCUGUGACAAUGUAAAAUCAAACGGCUGCUAAAUACAUUAAUUAUGUAUGCAAGCACGAUUAAUUAUUGUUACUGAUGUUGCGUUUGUAUCUCUACACAACCGGCGAAGUGAUAUAAGCCAAUCAUGGCUACAGUUAAAGUAACCGAGCAGAAAGUCAUUCUGUGCGGGGAAUAUGGUGUCGGGAAAACGUCUAUAUUUAGGCGAUUUGCGAAUAAUACUUUUGUCGCGAGCAGCGAUCGAAAAUCUACUCUUGGGCUCGAUAAUAUUGACAAAGAAUACCUCGUCGAAGACAGACGAAUACGGUUGCAAUUAUGGGAUACGGGUGGUAUGGAAAGGGUUGCAUCCGUAACAUCUAGCUACUACAAAUUUGCAGAGGCUGCUAUAUUAGUGUUCGCAUUAGACAACUCCACAUCUUUUCACCUUUUAUCUCAGCAUCUGUUGGAUAUUGUAACAUAUGCUGAGAAUGCAAAAAUAUUUCUUUGUGGGAAUAAAAGCGAUCUGGAAAGCGUGGCACCGCAAGUUACAGACGCAGAAAUGGAGCAAUUCUGCGAGCAAUGUCACAACUUGAUAUCGGGUAUAUAUAAAACAUCAUGUAAAACUGGGGAAGGGAUACAUGAAAUGUUUGAGGACAUAGCCCAACAUUUGGUUGAGGCGAACAGAUCGCGUAUGGAAUUACACGAAAUGGACAAAGACAGAUUUAAGAUCUCCUACAUGGAUGAAGCUGGUGAUCCUUCUUGCUUAUGUUAAGCAGUAAGCAUUGAAAGAUGUUUGACAACGACGUUUUUAUAACUUGACAAGCUCAACACACACGGCAAUAGAGUGUGUUGUAGUAAGGGUAUCUUUUUUCUAUCAAAUAAUGAUUAAGAAUCACUUUUCUAUGAGGGAAAGUAUCAUGAGAGUGAGGACAGAGAGGGAAUAUCAUCAACACGAAAAUUUAUACAUAUUUACGAGAAACUCUAGACUUUCCUCAGGUAAUGGAUUUCAAAUAAAAAUUUAUUACACAUUCAGAGGUAUUUUACUUAACUAGGCGCGCUCUAUUUCUGCGACAUAAGGUCUGCAUAAUUGUACACUUAAUCCACACUAUCGUUGCCAUUAGAUAGUCCAGGUAAAAUGAACGAACAAAAGCCGCUAGUGCUGAGUCCACUUGAUCGUUUUCAGAUCGAUUCCCUCUUCAACCAUUUCCCAUAAUGGACUGCAAAGAAAAACAUUAAUUACCGGUUUAAGUACAGCGCUUGAUGUAUAACACGAAUAUUCGAUAACGAAUCAUCAGAAACGUCCAACAUUGAAUUUGUUCCCUCCGUUUACUAUAAUCGUACCAUUUACCAUUCACGGCCAAAUAUACACGAAUGAAAUAAGAUAAUCCUGCUUUCAAUAAAUAUUUAUAUCGUAACUUAGCCAGCCGUACCUCAUUCCCCGAAGUCUUUUAACAUGCCGAAUUGUAUUCUCAGCGGUGAACUCGAUCUCUUCCAUCGUCGUAAAACGGCCAAUACCGAAUCUGCAUAAAUUUAAACAAUUAGCUGCACUGCUACAGAAAACUACACAGUAUUUCCUCCUUACCACCCACUCUUAAAAGUUGAGUGGGAGCUACUAUAAAGCUACUAUACAGAGGAAGUACUACACGCUAUUAUAGUAAACGCAGAAGCAUGAUUGUAGAGAGUAAAAGGCUGUAGAUAUUAAUUAGUAAUAUAAGGUAAAUGUAACCUACCUUAUACUGGAAUGUGCCAGAUCUUCCGAUGCUCCUAUUGCUCUAAGUACAUAACUGGGCUCCAAACUAGCGCUAGUACAAGCAGAACCACUGCUCAAGGCCACGUCCUUCAGUGCCAUUAAGAGGGAUUCACCUUCCACAUAGGCAAAGGAUAGAUUGACGCAGCCAGGGUACCACUCGUUCUCGUCCCCGUUACGUAUAACGUGUGGCAAAUUCGACAUUAUUUUUUUAAUUAAGUGGUUUGAGAGCAUUGAGAUAUAUUUGUGAUCGUACUGAAAAAUACAGAGAACGUCGAAUCCAACAAACUAUACCGAA